CCAAUGGGGAGGGCACAGUAUAAAUCCCGGCCACCUCUCCCAGCAGGCAGGGACCGGCAGCUCUGCUCCACUGGGACUCAGGUGAGGGGCGACUCCAAGGACUGAUUUGUGGAAAAGAACUGACUCACCAUGAAGCUUUUCACGGGCCUCGUCUUCUGCUCCUUGGUCCUGGGUGUCAGCAGCGAAUGGUAUUCGUUCUUUAGCGAGGCUGCUCAAGGGGCUUGGGACAUGUGGAGAGCGUACUCUGACAUGAGAGAAGCCAAUUACAUAGGUGCAGACAAAUACUUCCACGCCCGGGGGAACUAUGAUGCCGCACAGAGGGGACCUGGGGGCGCUUGGGCGGCCAAAGUGAUCAGCGAUGCCAGAGAGAAUUCUCAGAGAGUCACAGACUUUUUCAGGCACGGAAGCAGCGGCCACGGAGCAGAGGACUCGAAGGCUGACCAGGCCGCCAAUGAAUGGGGCCGGAGCGGCAAAGACCCCAACCACUUUCGACCUGCUGGCCUGCCUGACAAGUACUGAGCUUCCUCUUUGCUCUGCACUCAGGAGAGGGGCUGGGAGUCCCCUGAGGGCAGGGACGCGGAGUCAUUGAGCUCUCUGUCCACAGAGGCUGAUGGAGGGCACCUGACAGGGGUCUAAUAAAUGCUUAAGAGAU